AUGGAUCGAUUUCUUAUAAACUAAAAAUGCUACUUUUCGAAUCCUUUGAGUGAAUUACAAAAAUAAACUCUUGAUGACACCGUAAUUGAUGAGCCCUUGGAGAAUAUUGAAAUAAGGUCGUCUUACAAUCAGAUUGUUAUAAUUCAAUCCCUUCAUUCUAAAACUAUUAUAGAAAACUUUCAAGACAAAAGAACACACAAAAAAUCCUGGCGAGAUAACUUCACUUGGCUCUGA